CCGUCAAAUUAUUGAGUUAUCGGGGUACAUGCUCCGGAAAGUGUUUCAUUUUUGAGCAACAGCUUGCAAUCGAGAGCUCAAAACCCCAAAAAAUCCGAGCUUUCUUGCGAAGAAAACUGUGACUUUCUGCCCAUUUUCUUCCACUUACGGCUGAAGAAUUUCGUGUUUUUUUCCUAUGUCAGGGACCGGUCAUUCUAGGAGCUGUACUCGUGAUCAAAUGGUCCCGCACCCCGGCAGGUGUUAAGGUCCAUGGACGCGGCAGCCUUUUACGAUCGCAAUUUCUUUGCUUUCGGCGACAGCAGGAACAUUAAUAUCCACAAGAAUAAGUUGAUUUACAAAGUGGCGAGCGACGAGGGCUCAAUGAAGGAGCUGGGUAUCGCGGAACACGAGAAAGCCAUAGACUUCAGCGGCUACCUGGAGCCCGCUUUACACGACCGACAGCUCACUCAAACCCUGGACCACCACCGCGGGGAAGACGUCUUCGCCAAUUUCCUGGCAGAAGAGGGCAAAAACCGACGAGUAACGCCCGGACAAAAUUACAAAACUUAUUUCUCAUUCAACAACCCGGGGCCCUGCCAAUCCACCAGCCCAUCAGAUACUAAUAUUCCGGGAUAUCUCGAUUUAUUGCAUUCCAGAGCUGACUCUGUGCUGGUCCAACACCAUUCUGAGAGGUAUAUAAAACCAGAGUUAAAACAAGAAUUUAAGGAGGGCACGAAGAUGGACAAUCGCAUCUGCACUUACGAGCCGAGAUCCUAUUUGCAUUACCAGUCGGCUCCAAAUCUUGGUAAUGUCUCUAGCGCCCCGUCCUGCUCCAGCCCACCCGGUACACCAGCCAUCCCAGAUGGGAGCCGCUCCAUGGGGCAUGACAAGAUCUCGAGCGGCAAGGCAAAAAAGCGCCUGGAUAGAGACAGCGACGAGUACAAACAGCGCCGGGAGAGGAAUAAUAUAGCGGUGAGAAAGAGCAGGGACAAAGCCAAGAUGCGCAACAUAGAGACGCAAAACAAAGUGCUGGAGCUGUCGGUGGAAAACGAACGCUUGCAGAAGCGUGUGGAGCAGCUGUCAAGGGAGCUGGCCACCCUGAGAAACUUACUGUCUGCUACGGGACGGCGCUGAUACUAUAGAAAGGACGCUCAAUUUAGUCAAUCACUACUGUACAGGUUUAGUAUUGCAACCGUUCAUUUUCCCGAAUCAUCCUUAGGUGACUGUCAGUGGAAUUAAAGUUGACCGCGAGAUGAAAGAAACUCAAAAUGAAAUUCAACGGUGCCUGGAUUGUACGUGACUGUCACUGUGAGACGCGGUCGUGUCGUCUGCUUGCGCUCGUAUUAUGUUUUCGAAUGAGGUGUUUUUUUAAUAUAUUUAUACGUUGUCAUGCAACGGUUGUCAAAAAGAGAAGUGGAUUUAGACAUGUAUGAUGCAACGCAAUGUAACAGUAUUGGUAGGGCAAUGGAAUGAUCUGAUAUAGAUAACCCAUUAAAACGUGUUUGUAAAUUGUAUAUAUGAAACCAUUUUGAUUGAAAUUAUUUUUACUAUUGAAAAGUGUAUUUGCUUAAUUAAAUUGGAAAACGCAUUA